GGCAAAAGUAAAGCUGUUAGUGAUAACGAUGAUAGUUAUAUUGAGAACGAAGAUACUCCAGAGCUUUCUGAUACGGAAGAGCAGGCCAGUGCUUAUUCUAGUGAUAUAGACACUCAAGAAGAACUUGAAAAAAUCUAUGCGCUUGAAAAGCAAAUAGAACAGAUGCAUC